AUGCAAGUUUCCAAGUCAAGAACAUCAUUUUAUCUCCAAGUGUUAGUUCUCGCUACCGAGCAAAACAAAGCUUCACGAAUUUUGAUAUGGAAAGAUAGAUACUUGAGUCAUGCAUCACGUCAAAGUGGAAUGAAGCCAUUUGGAUCAACCAUCGGGCCGAACUUAUUUUCUACCGAGACAUGUCCGGUUAGCGAGCAAACGGAGCCCAUGGAGGAUUUGGAGUGUCUAAUGGCCCGAGCAGCAGCGCCAAAGGCCUUGAUCGAAAGAGAAGAGGCCUGGCUAAUGUUUGGAGCUUUCCUUGGUACAAUGUCGGCCCAUACACGACGUGGAGAAGAAGGCUCGCUCAUGGGAAACUUUCCUUUUCCGGCAUGA